AUGCUUCACCUGGCGCUGCAAACAGCGUUUGGGUGGGCGACCACCCAUUCGUUCGACUUCGCAGUCCUGGAUCCAGAUUACCGUGAGCCCGCCGACGUGAAUGAAUUCAUGAGAAGACGCAUGGCCAUAGGUCCGUCAGGCGAUCAACUUUCGGCUUCCGAGCCGAGGGAGUAUCUCUUCCGCGUUGUCGACCCGGUCGAACAGACCAUGUUUUCCGGCAUCGAUCGCAUGCACGAGUCGACGAGGCGUCACCCCAACACACCAGAGAAGAAAGCCGACAAGUACAAGUUGUUCCAGCUAUUGGACGAUGCACAGCUUCAAAAUCGCCAGAUUGUCUACACCUACGACUUCGGUGACAACUGGGAGCAUUAUUUUACAGUCCUGGGACGUGCCGAUUCCACCGCCAACUUUAUCUGCCUUGAUGGCUCCGGACACUACGUAGCGGAAGACUCACGCGGUGUAAAUGGCUGGGAGGAUCUCAAAGCGGCAUACCGAGCCCAGAACCCAACCAAGGAGCAGAGGGAGCGGCGGCAGUGGUUCGAGAGGCAGGCCAGUAAUCCUGAUCCAAGAGGGCUGGCAGGGGAUCGCGUGAAUGCAUGGGAUCGAGACAAGAUCAACCGGGACCUCGAGACGGACACCAUGUUCAACCGCUUUCAAGACAAUGCCUCCAUGGCGAAGAUGUUCGAACGAUUCAUGCAGUCGAGCAUGGCUCCUCUUGAAGCAUCGAGCAAGUAG